CAUGUAUGGUACUUGAAUUGUAGCUUGAGCUAACUGUUAGUAUUGUGGUAUAUAUAUGAUCCACGAUUGAACCUCUUCCAACAACUCGAGUUAUUGGGAUCAACUUGUUCUUGACAUGAGAUCAGAGCCUUCUGUGAUCGAGAGGUCUUGUGUUCGAUUCCCGGCGACCCCCAUUUGUUAAGCACGUGGUAUUCUUGUCUUCAGACCUGUGCAAACUUCAAGCCCUUGUAAGUGGCUUUCGUUUAUUAUCAUUGAAUUACCAAUAUUCCAUUCAAAAGAGCACAAGGGUUUAAAAAGUUGGUAAGAGGUAGAUGAGUGGUGGCCUGGUGGGUGAGUUUGGUGCACGUUUAUCACAUACUACAUAUCCUCUUUAUCAUCCACAUAGCCUUAGUACAAAGUGGUUCUAACUUCUAUAUAUAUAGGAAGAGGGAGGAGUGUUAGCAUUAGCAUAGCAGGAGGAGAAAAAAAAUAAAACAGAGCCAUGGAGGAAGGUAGUAGUGGAGGAUUAGUGAAGCACGUACUGAUAGCCAAAUUCAAACAAGACCUCCAACCUCACGAAAUCGAAGAACUCAUCAAAGGCUAUGCCAAUCUCGUCAGCCUCAUCCCACCCAUGAAAGCCUUCCACUGGGGAACGGACGUGGGAGUGUGCAACAUGGAUGAAGGGUUCACGCACAUAUUCGAGUCCGAAUUCGAGAGCUCGGAAGGUGUUGCAGAGUACAUGGCUCACCCUGCUCACGCUGAGUUUGCAGACCUGUUCCUCCCUCAGCUCGACAAGGUUGUUGUGAUCGACUACAAGCCUGCUCUGGUUAGACUGUAGCAUGAAGAGGACAUGGAGAGGAGCACCCCUUGAAGUUCCAAUUUAUGUGUUUUGUAUGUGCCUAUGAGUGAUGCAAGGAUGCAAAUCUUCUCAUUCUGUUCUCCUAAUCUCAAUCUCUAAUUCUAUCGAUUCUGUUUCGAUAGUUUCCGAUAGUAAGAUUGGCAUUCUAUCAUAAACCUUGUACUUAGUAACAAUAAUUAUUCAUCAAACACACAUUGUCUUCUUCAAUCUAGUAAUUGUCUCGCAAGAACCACUCCCAAUACCUUUGUAUUUCGUUCGAAUUCGUCAUAGAAACCAUACAUUUUUGUCGAACUCUUGUCGAAUGAACUUCUCAUCGCCUGAUGGAGUGAUCCAUGAACAAAUCAAAGUCUAAUGG